AAUUAAAAAUUAAAUAAAACAUCUUGAGCCUCUCCUAAGUGAUAAGGAAAUCCAUCUCAAUUUUCCCUCUCUAUAUCAAUCCCCUUUUCUUUCUCUUGUGGACUCUUGAAACAACUCACAACCCACAACGAACAAUCUAUACCUUUGUGUGUCCUUCAAUGGCGUCUACAGCAGCAGCAUCCUCUUCUUUCACUCUCAUUAAGUCUUCAUCUUCUUCAUCUUCUUCUUAUUCUACACGUUCUCCAUGCUUGAUCCGUCUUGCCUCAACUCUUCGUCCUCCUUUCCGUCGUUUGGGAUUCUCUGGAGCUGCUGCUGAUGCCUCUUUUUCACACCAUGUUCUAUCCAAGAUUCAUUCGUUUUCUUCUCUAAAUUCUAAACCCAUUAGAGGGGCUGCUUCCAUGGCUAAGAAGAGUGUUGGAGACCUCACUUCUGCUGAUUUGAAGGGUAAAAAGGUUUUUGUUAGAGCUGAUCUUAAUGUCCCUCUUGAUGAUAACCAGAAUAUUACUGAUGAUACUCGUAUUCGUUCUGCUGUUCCUACUAUCAAGUAUUUGAUGAGUAAUGGUGCUAAAGUUAUUCUUUCUAGUCAUUUGGGGCGACCUAAAGGAGUUACACCAAAAUUUAGCUUGGCACCUCUUGUACCUCGGCUUUCUGAACUCCUUGGUAUUCAGGUAGUGAAGGCUGAUGAUUGCAUUGGUCCCGAGGUUGAGAAGUUGGUUGCGGGACUCCCUGAUGGCGGUGUUCUACUCCUUGAGAAUGUUAGAUUUUACAAGGAAGAGGAGAAGAACGAACCAGAAUUUGCGAAGAAGCUUGCUUCCUUGGCUGACCUUUAUGUGAAUGAUGCUUUUGGCACUGCUCACAGAGCUCAUGCAUCAACCGAAGGAGUUACCAAAUAUUUGAAACCAUCUGUUGCUGGAUUUCUUUUGCAGAAGGAAUUGGACUACCUUGUUGGAGCAGUUUCAACCCCAAAGAGACCAUUUGCCGCUAUAGUGGGUGGUUCGAAGGUCUCUUCCAAAAUUGGAGUUAUCGAAUCACUUUUGGAAAAAUGUGAUAUCCUACUCCUUGGAGGAGGAAUGAUCUUUACAUUCUACAAGGCUCAAGGUCUUUCCGUAGGAUCUUCUCUUGUGGAAAACGAUAAGCUUGAUCUUGCAACUUCUCUCCUCGAGAAGGCUAAGGCGAAAGGCGUGUCUCUUUUGUUACCAUCUGAUGUCGUUAUAGCAGACAAGUUUGCUGCUGAUGCAAACAGCAAGAUUGUCUCUGCAUCGGAAAUCCCUGAUGGCUGGAUGGGAUUGGACAUUGGACCCGAUUCUAUCAAGAAAUUCAGUGAAGCUUUGGACACCACACAAACCGUCAUCUGGAAUGGUCCCAUGGGAGUCUUCGAAUUCGAUAAGUUUGCUGUUGGUACUGAGGCAAUCGCUAAGAAGCUAGAAGACAUUAGCAAGAAGGGUGUGACGACAAUUAUUGGCGGUGGUGACUCUGUUGCAGCGGUAGAGAAGGUAGGAGUGGCCGAGUCAAUGAGCCACAUAUCAACUGGCGGAGGUGCUAGUCUUGAAUUGUUGGAGGGCAAAGAGCUUCCCGGAGUGCUUGCCCUUGACGAGGCUGAGCCAGUUCCCGUGUAAAACAAGUAUAUCACCCUAUAAAUUCUUUUUUCUUAUCUCCCCUCGUUUCCAGCUUCAGCCUCUUAACAUGAGUAUGUUACCGAGAACCAAAAUCGAUAGAAACCGAGUCACUUUGUAGAUGCUUGUAAUUUCUUUGAAAUAAGAACAUAUCCGUUGAGCACUUUAAGUUGUUGCCCUCGAUUUAUUGAAAUACAUUUCCGUCUGUAUUCUAAUUAAAUUAUUCUUUGCACAA